GUCUGCACCUUCUUUCACACCUCAGAAUUGUGCGUUUUAUAGCACACUUUACAUUCAUAAUGAGCGACUGGGAGGAAGAAAUCGAGAAUGACAUGCGAGGAAUGUCCUUCUCAUCGCAGCCUCAAAGUCAAAACACGAACCGUUGGAGCAAUGAUGAUUAUUCCAACUCGCAGUCGACCAGCAACUUUCGGCAGGACCGUUCCGCGCCAUACGGCCAGGGCCGGGCGAGAUCAAGCGUGGGCCGUGGCGGCGGCACUGGAUACAACGGUCGCGAUGACGAUCGAAGCCGAGCCAGGACGACAUCAUCUGGCAUUGGUCGGGGCCGUGGGAUUGCGUUGGAAAGGAAUAAUGAUCGUAGAAAUGAUGGCAAUGAUGAAGGAGAAUGGAGAGGUGAAAGUAGAACUUGGAAUUCAGGUCGGUAUGACAGCAGACGAUCGUCAAGUCCCAAUUGGAGAAAGAAUGAACGUGAGAAUAACGAAGCAGGAUCGCAAGAUAAACAAGAAAGAUGGUAUGGAGAAACAGGAGGAGGAGGAGGAAGGAGAGGAGAUGACGAGAGAUCAAGAGAUGAUAAAGGAUCUCUUUUAGUGGACAAUCAGUAUCUGGGCAGAAUAAUAGGAAAACAAGGGGCAAAGAUCAGGGAACUAGAACAAGAGAGUGGUGCCAGAAUAAAGAUCAUGUCCCGAGAGUCUGAUGGAUACGAGACUACAAUCAAUCUAGAAGGAGGAGAAGAAGCACAAGCAAAGGCCAAGAAAUUGAUAGAAGAACUGACGGAUCCAGACUUCAGAGGCAACACUAGAAAGCCACAGUCUUCAAGUUUCAGCUUCAAUAGUAGAAAUGGAGCUGAUAGCAAUAGCCAAGAUGAUGCACCUCCAAAACCGAGGGGGCCAAUCGACUGGAAGAAUCUACAGGCAGAGCAGGAUAUAUAUCUAGCACAAAAAUGGAAAGAUUACCCUGAAGUCAUCAAGGAUUUCUACCAUGAGCACAGCUCUAUCAAGGCCUUAUCAGAAGAGGAAACAGAUGCUCUCAGGGAGGUGAUUGGUGUGUCAGCUGUAGAUGACAGUGCAAAGGAGCUCAAUCGUAUCAUUCCAAAACCAGUCAGAACAUUUGAAGAAGCAUUUGAGGAUUAUCCUGAAAUCUUGAGGGAGAUUUACAAGCAGAAAUUCACCAAACCAUCGCCUAUACAGAGUCAAGGUUGGCCCGUGGCGCUCAAAGGUCAUGACCUGAUAGGCAUAGCACAGACUGGGAGUGGGAAGACACUAGCAUUCCUCUUACCAGCUCUUAUACACACAGACUUACAGCCAGGGGCUCGUAAGUCUCGUGGUGGACCUAACGUUCUUGUGCUCUCACCAACCCGUGAACUUGCCCUUCAGAUAGAAUCAGAGGUCAACAAGUAUUCCUACAAGGGUAUCAAAAGUGUGUGCGUCUAUGGAGGUGGCGAUAGGAGGAAACAAAUCAAGGUAGUGUCUGACGGAGUGGAGAUCAUUAUCGCUACACCAGGCAGGCUCAAUGAUCUCAUCAUGAACAAGAUUGUGAAUGUCAUGUCAGUUACAUUUUUGGUGCUAGACGAAGCUGAUCGGAUGCUUGACAUGGGCUUUGAACCUCAGAUCAUGAAGAUUCUACUGGACGUGAGACCUGACAGACAAACCAUCAUGACAAGUGCUACAUGGCCAGAGGGAGUGAGGCGUCUGGCUAAGAACUACAUGAAGAACCCGAUCCAUGUCAAUGUAGGAUCAUUGGAUCUAUCUGCUUGCCACAAUGUAACUCAACUCGUUGAAAUCGUAGACGAAGAGGAAAAGAGAGACAGGCUCAUUGCGUUCUUUGAGACGAUGACAGAAGAUGAGAAAGUACUAGUCUUUGUUGGAAGGAAAGUCAUGGCGGAUGACCUGUCAUGUGACAUGAGCAUGAGGAACCUGUCUGUACAGAGCAUCCAUGGAGGGAGAGAACAGUACGACAGAGAACGAGCGCUGGAGGAUUUCAAAGAUGGCUCUGUACGUAUCUUGAUUGCAACUGAUGUGGCCUCUAGAGGAUUGGAUAUCAAGGAUAUCACACACGUCUUUAACUUUGACUGUCCUAAUCAUAUAGAGGAGUAUGUCCACAGAGUGGGUAGGACUGGAAGAGCUGGGCGUACCGGUACCUCUCUAACCUUGAUGACGAAGAAGGAUUGGCGUUGGGCUGGUGACAUCAUUAAGAUCAUGGAAGAAGCAGGCCAGGAAGUACCGUAUGAGCUGAUUGAGAUGGCAGAGAGGUGGAAGAGACAUCAAGCUAGGAUGGCAGAUGGCGACAGGAGAGGAGGAGGAAGAGGUGGAGGACGAGGAAGAGGAGGAGGAGGAGGCGGGUUCAGAGGGGGGCGUGACAGGGACUCCGGAGGGGGAGGCUUUGGGUUCAGUAGUGGUGGUGGUGGUGGUGGUGGUGGGUUUGGCUUUGGAGGUAGGAGUGGAGGAGGGGGGAGGAGGGGUGGGGAGAGAGAUGAGUGGUGGUAAGAUAUAGAGAGGAGGGAGAAGAGAGAAAGGAGGAAAAUAGGAAGGUUAGAGAAAGAAGGAUGAAGAGGUAAAGAGAAAGAAUACUGGAUAUAAAGAAUGCAGGCAUCAAAGAUUAAAGGGCCAUCCAACCUUUAUAAUAAGCUCAUGUGUAGGUAUUUUCCUUUAAUAUAUAAAGAUAAAAGAUAUUGAAAAGGAGAUGUCUGAAUGUUGGAGAGGAGAAGGAAAUAGGAAGAAAGAAAAGGGGAGGUAGAAAGAUAAGCGGAAGGAGGAAAGGAGGAAUGGAGAGAGAGUGGGGGAGAGACAGACAGAGACUGAGACAGACAGAUCUAGCUUUACAAUAUUGACGAUUUUGGAAGAAAUAUGAAAGGUUCGGAAAAGAGUAAAGGGAAAUGUCAAAAAAUGGUGCAUAUGUGGAUAAGUU